CGUUAAUAUUAGUCGGCGCAGGACACACGCUUCAUUUUUGGCAAAUUGUUGCGCCAAUGUAGAUUGUUAAGAAAAUUUGCAAAUUUGAUUUAAAUUUAAAUAAAACAAACAGAAAAUGGAAGCUAUUAAUGCUAAUAAACAAGAACCGCAACUUAAUUUAGACACUAAUGCCCGCCGAAAUUUUGUAAAAUUUUUACAAAAACAGGGUGAAAAACCUGUCACUACCGUGCGUUUUUUCGAUCGCACUGAUUCCUAUUCCGUUCACGGCCCCGAAGAUUCCGACUUAAUUUCUCGUUUAGUUUAUAAAUCUACCGCCUAUAUAAGACAGCUUUUAGCUGAUGAUGGACAGCCUACACCCUAUGUUAUGCUUUCGAAGACAAAUUUCGAAUUGGCCGUUCGAGAGUUAUUGCUAGUGCGUAAUUAUCGUGUAGAAGUCUAUGUACGCCGUUCUACGGGCGGUGAGUGGCAGUUAGAGUAUCGCGGUUCGCCGGGUAAUCUUCUGCAGUUCGAGGAUAUUCUCUUCUCCAAUAAGGAGAUAUUGGUGGGCAAUAGCAUUUUGUCUUUGCAAUUGCGUGUGCAAAAUAAUCAGCGUAAUGUGGGUGUAGCUUCGGUGGAUCAGAAUGAUUGUCUUUUUCAAGUGUUGGAGUUUCUGGACGAUGAUUUUUUCACUGAAUUGGAAGCUACGGUGGUGCUAUUGGGUCCCAAGGAGUGUUUGCUGCCUCAACAGGAUGGAGAGUAUGAAGCUGUUAAAAAUCUCUUAGAACGUAAUGGCAUUAUGGUUACGGUGCCACCAAAAUCUGCCAACACCGAGAAAAAUGAUUUAAUACAAGAUCUUAAUCAUUUACUACGUUUUGCCAAAGGUCAACAAGAAGAUGCCACCGGUAUGCCUGAACUACAGCUUAACAUAGCCAUGGAGGCGUUAAGAGUAGCCAUAAAGUAUACAGACCUUGUCAAUGAUGCCGGAAAUUUGGGUCACUAUCAAAUAAAACAAUUAAAUCUGAAAAGAUUUGUUCAUUUAGAUGCAGCAGCCGUUAGUGCCCUUAAUAUACUGCCCAAACCAGGUACACAUUUUUCCUCACCCUCCUAUAGGUGGCAAAGUGUUUUAGGAGUACUUGAUCAUUGUCGCACUGCACAAGGUCAUCGUUUAAUGGCUCAAUGGGUUAAGCAACCUUUAAGAAGUCAGGAAAUAUUAAAUGAUCGUCAUAAUAUUGUACAAUGUUUCCUCGAAUCACCCACCACCCUAAAUUCUUUGCAUGAAGAAUUCCUAAAACGUAUACCCGACGUAUUAAUGCUCACCAAAAAGUUAUUACGUCAAAAGGCCAAUUUACAAGAUAUCUUUCGCAUUUACCAGGUCAUGUUGCGUACACCGAAAAUUGUAAAUGCUCUACUCGCUUUGGAAAAUGCCACCGUUAAAAGUGUUUUAUGUGAUCCCCUCAAAAGUUAUCUAGAAGAUCUAUCGGGACUCAAACAAAUGGUAGAACAAGUAAUGGACUUUGAUGCCAUAGAAACGGGUGAAUAUUUGGUAAAAGCUUCCUUUGAUUCGGAACUACUCGAAAUGAAAGAAAGAAUGUCCAAGUUACUGCACAAAAUGGAAAAGCUUCAAGAAAAGGCUGGCCAAGAGUUAGAUUUGGAUAAAAAUCAAAAUGUAAAACUAUUAAAUGUCUCACAUGUCGGUUAUCAUUUUCGCAUUACCCUAAGAGAUGAUAGUGUAUUGCGUAAGAAUAAAAACUAUAAAAUAAUUGAUGUUGUUAAGGGUGGCAUACGUUUUACGUCGGAAAAAUUAACCGAAAUUAAUGAUGAAUUUGUUACGUUACGCACGCGCUACGAAGAGCAACAGAAAAAUAUUGUGGAGGAAAUCGUUAAGGUAGCUGUAGGUUAUGCUGCUCCCUUGACAAGUCUUAACAAUGAAUUUGCUCAAUUGGAUUGUUUGGUUAGUUUUGCCAUAGCUGCUCAAACGGCUCCCACACCCUAUAUAAGACCCAAGAUUUUGCCAGAAGGUGCCGGAGAAUUGGUGUUAAAAGAUAUUCGUCAUCCUUGUCUGGAAUUGCAAGAGCAUAUUACCUUCAUAGCCAAUAAUGUGGAGUUUAGAAAAGAUAAAUGUAAUAUGUUUAUUAUUACUGGUCCCAAUAUGGGUGGCAAAUCCACCUAUAUACGUUCGGUGGGUACGGCCGUUUUAAUGGCUCAUGUUGGCUCGUUUGUUCCUUGUUCAGAGGCCACUAUAUCUAUGGUUGAUUCCAUAUUGGGUCGUGUGGGUGCCAGUGAUAAUAUUAUUAAGGGUUUGAGUACUUUUAUGGUGGAAAUGAUUGAAACUUCAGGUAUUAUAAGGUCUGCCACCGAUAAGUCGUUGGUCAUUAUUGAUGAAUUGGGUAGAGGUACUUCUACCUAUGAGGGUUGCGGUAUAGCCUGGUCUAUAGCAGAGUAAGUACGAAAUUGAGUUAUUUAAAGAAAUUGGUA